GAAUGGGUGCAUUCCCCCAAGUCCCACCUUUUCCGUUCCAAAGAUCGGCCAAUCGGCGGCGGCGGUGCGCAACGAUGGGGCGUCGCGUCAGCUGCCGUCGUGUCGGGAUUGGAAUGUUACCGACUAACAAUUGGAACAACCGAGCACUCGGUAAUUGGACACUAGGAUCUAGGAAUCCCGUAUUUGAGCUUUUCCCCAGCUAGUUCCCCAGUCUGAGGUUAGCGUCUGUCCCCCUCGGGUCUUCCGGAUAACUUCGCCUGCGUGGGUCCCCGUCGGUGAGGUUUUUGUUUAUAUCAGAGAGGAUAUGUGGAGAGCUUGUAAUAAAUAAGAAGAGAAAUGCAGGGAUUCGUCAGGUUACUGUGGUAUCGCUGAGCUGUCCCUGCGCCGCGACGCUUCUCUCCCGUUUUGUUGCUUCUCUUCACACGGGACCAUGGAGUGAUAAAAGAGGAGGAAUAGCAAGAAUUAACCCCGAGGCGUUUGGAUCCGAGCGCGGCGGCCACACCGACGGGUUGUUACGCUCCCCGGUCAAUGUGUUACCGAGUUUAACAUCCACACCGGUGUAUACCUUUCCGUCUGGGAGAGCCUCGGGGACCCCUGCUGCUGUUUAUCCGGGUGAAUAGAGUUCGCAGACGGUUCUCGGACAGUUUUCCAUUUGAAUAGCCUCACACAGCCAGGCUGAAUGAGGGUGACAAGAAGCGCAGGGGAAGAGAGGCGCCGCAUAUGAUUGCGUCCGAGAGGGUCCGGGCAGCACGGCUCCUUUAGGUGCACCCAAGCCCCGCUGCAGGCGCUGUACGGCAUGGUGAAACUCUACGGAAGAGGGAGGAAGGGGCCAUACUUAUAACAUCGCCCACAUGCACUGGAUCAAUUGCUGGAUUUGGGAACCAAAUACGCAGAAGGGGGGUUGGGGAUUCUUGCAGGCUGCCCGAGGAUGGAGCGGUGUAGCCGGGGUUGGUGAGAGCCUAACUUCGGGCCACUUUACAUUUCUUAUUCCUAAACAACUCGCCCCUGUUCCCAGGACACAUGCAGGCCAAAAAACGCUACCUGAUCCUGCUCUCCGCCGGUGCAUGUCUGGUGCUUCUCUUCUACCUCGGAGGGGUUCAACUUCCAGCGGCGAGCAGGAGCCGGCAUGACCGCAGCCGAAGUGGUUACCGGCCCGACCAGCCCUGGCCGCAUUUCUCGGACCCUUUACAACCUUUCUUACCCCGGGAUGAGACGGACACCGAGGAGUACAACCUGCACAUAUCUCCGAGGCAGAAGAGGGACGUCAACACGAGUGUUUACAAAGGCAAAAGGUGUCGUAUGGAUUCAUGCUUUGAUUUCUCUCUGUGUCAAAGAAACGGUUUCAAAGUUUAUGUUUACCCACAGCAAAAGGGAGAGAAGAUCUCCGAGAGUUACCAGAAUAUUUUAUCGACCAUUGAGGGGUCCAGGUUUUACACCUCGGACCCCGGACAGGCGUGCCUGUUCGUCUUGAGUCUGGACACUCUGGACCGGGACCAGCUGUCCCCGCAAUACGUCCACAAUCUGAAGACCAAGGUCCAGAACCUGCCUCUGUGGAACGACGGCAGGAACCACCUCAUAUUUAACUUGUACUCGGGGACGUGGCCGGACUAUACGGAAGACUUGGGUUUCGACAUCGGCCAGGCCAUGCUGGCCAAAGCCAGCAUCAGCACCGAGAACUUCAGGCCCAACUUUGACGUGUCCAUCCCCCUCUUCUCCAAGGAUCACCCGCGGACCGGCGGAGAGAGGGGAUACCUCAAGUACAACUCAAUUCCGCCUUUCAGAAAGUACAUGCUGGUGUUCAAGGGGAAGCGCUACCUGACGGGUAUCGGCUCCGACACCCGGAAUGCCUUAUACCACGUCCACAACGCAGAGGAUGUGGUGCUGCUCACCACCUGCAAGCAUGGCAAAGACUGGCACAAGCACAAGGAUGCACGCUGUGACAAGGACAACGCAGAGUAUGACAAGUAUGACUACAAAGAGAUGCUCCACAACUCCACCUUCUGUUUGGUGCCUCGCGGCAGACGACUGGGCUCCUUUCGUUUCCUCGAGGCGCUGCAGGCUGCGUGUGUGCCAGUGAUGCUGAGUAACGGCUGGGAGCUGCCUUUCUCUGAGAUCAUCGACUGGAACACAGCCGCAGUCAUUGGUGACGAGAGGCUCCUGCUGCAGAUUCCAACCACAGUGCACUCCAUCCACCAGGAUAAGAUCCUGUCCCUGAGACAGCAGACUCAGUUCCUCUGGGAGGCGUACUUCUCCUCUGUGGAAAAGAUAGUGCUGACCACACUGGAGAUCAUCCAGGACCGCGUGCUUGAGCACAGCUCCAGGAGCAGCCUGAUGUGGAACAGUCACCCCGGAGGACUCUUCGUUCUGCCACAGUACUCUGGAGACCUGGGAGACUUCCCCUUCUACUACGCCACACUGGGUAUCAAACCGUACCCCAAGUUCACAGCAGUCAUCCACGCCGUCUCCCCUCUGGUGUCCCAGUCCCAGCCCAUACUCAAGCUUCUAGUAGCUGUGGCCAAAUCCCAGUACUGUGCACAGAUCAUUGUCCUGUGGAACUGUGACAAGCCUCUCCCUGCAAAGCACCGCUGGCCCGCCACCUCAGUGCCCGUCAUCGUCAUCGAGGGCGAGAACAAGGUGAUGAGCAGCCGCUUCAUGCCCUAUGAGACCAUGGUGACCGAUGCUGUCCUCAGCCUGGAUGAAGACACAGUGUUGUCCACCACAGAGGUGGACUUUGCCUUCACUGUCUGGCAGAGUUUUCCCGAGCGAAUCGUAGGCUAUCCUGCUCGCAGCCACUUCUGGGACAGCAACAAGGAGCGCUGGGGCUACACAUCCAAAUGGACCAAUGAUUAUUCAAUGGUGCUGACUGGGGCUGCCAUCUACCACAGGUAUUACCAUUACCUGUACACCAACUACUUGCCCACUAGUCUAAAGAGCAUGGUGGACCAGCUGGCCAACUGUGAGGACAUCCUGAUGAACUUCCUGGUCUCUGCUGUCACCAAGCUGCCACCCAUCAAGGUCACACAGAAGAAACAGUAUAAGGAGACUAUGAUGGGACAGUCUACAAGGGCUUCUCGCUGGGCCGAUCCGGACCACUUCGCCCAGCGACAGACCUGCAUGAACAAAUUCGCCAGCUGGUUUGGCGCCAUGCCGCUGGUCCACUCCCAGAUGAGACUUGACCCUGUCCUCUUCAAGGACCAGGUCUCCAUCCUCCGCAAGAAAUACAGGGACAUUGAGAGGCUCUGACAAGACAGGCGCCCCCUCUGGGGAGACCCCACACAGGGGGAGGCGCGCGAGAGAGACUCUGUGGAGAGUAGGAGUAGUAGUAGGACUACACCAGGAUGGACAGGAAACAACGCAGCUCUGUCUUCCAGUCAGCACAUUGCCAAUGACCACAGCGCUGCUGCUGCCAGGACUUGAUGCAGGACAGGAUGAUUAGGAAACAAGCAGAUGGCGUUUGGAAAAUGCAAACACACAGACAAAGCGGAGUACAUAAACUGAUGGACAUGCCAAACAGUACUGUAUGUUUUGCAAAUGUGCAAACACGCAGCACACACUACUGACGACAAGAACUGUUGGAAAGAAUAUUUUUUGUACAACAUGAACAAGAACGACCAACUUUCUCAGCACGUGUAGGACGGUAGAAGAGGGAAAGUGUCCGCAAUCACAAACCUGGCAACCAUACCCACAACAAAACCUACUGGUUGCCCCUAGCAAACCCCACCGCCCCCCCAGUCUGCAUCAGGACAUAAUACUGGAGUCACAACAAAACCCUGCUCUUGUUCUGUAGCUGAUUUGAUUUUUGUACAAAUCAGCUCUCUCGCCUCACUGUCGACCAUUUUUCCUUUCUAAGACGUUUUGAAUCAGAGCGUCAUCACUUUUAUAUUUUUCAAGGCAGAAAAGGUAAACAGCAGUGUCCAGCCUGUUAUGACAAGGUUUUCAUAGCAAAGCAGCCAUUAUUCCCUGAUAUUCUCAGCUACUGACACACAUCCUUGAGCCUGAGGUCUGAAAACAUCCUGUCUGCGCUACCCUUGGCUCAUUCCUUGAUGUGCUGAUAUGGCUUUUAUAAUGGUCUAUCUGCUUCCCUGUUAUCAUUGAGAUAAGUUAGAAAAACAUUUUGUUUCGGAUCCUAUUUUCCUCUCAUACUCGACUCGGCAGUUGUACUUUUCUCAUCUUCUUUUCCCCACUUACUUUCAUCAUCUUUUAUUUUCUCUUUCAAUCUUGUACUUUCACUCUUCUGUGCACAUGUGUGUGAGUGUUGUGUGCGCAGAGCCUUGAAAAGUUGGCUCAUCCAACCAUAAGCUCAAGCGAAGUCCAUUUUCCCUCCAUUGGAACGAGCAAAAUGAACAUUUCUGGAUGAAAUGGAGCAGAACGUUGCAUUCUAACCAGACUUGUUUCACCCAUUUAUUGCUUCCUGUGUAGCCUCCGAGCACUGUCUUUAGAGGGAGAAAAUUUCAGACCGUAGUAGGUCUUUAGUGACCAGCAUCAUUUCACAGGAGUGCUUCUAGUGAGAUUUUUAAUGCUAAGCAUGUCGGUGCCAUUCUGACAUCAGCCUGUCUUUAAAAUUGUUUAUUGCACAUCUUGUUGCUCACAUCAGCUUGAGAUGCCUCAGUGCUCUCCUGUUGAAAUAUUGUAGCCAUCAGUCUGAUGUUGCUCUCCUGCCGCCAUAAUGUUUUUUUUCUCCAUGACAUACCAGAGGACCCCAGAGCCAUCAAAUGGACAAAACUCCAUUUGUCAGGCAGAGAUACGUUUGGGCUUCAAUUAGGUGAACCUAUUUCAUUUGGAGUGCUAUUUUAUUCCCAGUGGACAAGCUUUUGUGGAAUCACUCUGACAUUAAGGACCAUUGUUGUGAAAGCAGUGACCCACAAACAUGACCUGCCAGCUAAUACUAGCCUUGGGAGGACAGCUCU